AUGGAAACUUCUACGACCAGAACCAAAAGAAAAGAAAUUGAGAAAUCAUCAGAUGGACAAUUAACAGCAAAAUAUGGUAUGGUCUUGGGUACUCCUCUUCAGAAUGUAACUGUGGGGGGAAAUACUGCUGUUGGUGAUGAAACAUUUGUGUGCAUGGACAACAAUGCUGACAACCUGCGCCUGCCCAAGCUCAGACUGUUACCUUACGACCCCGGAACUCCAGUCAAGCCCCAGGGUAAAACAAUUUGAGGGUAAGAGGGUGUGUCACUUCUUGAGAUGCAAAACAAUUUUGUGAUGCUUUUGACAGCAAAAAUAGAUGAAAGGGCAGAUGGCUUGGAGGACAUGGUUAGGAGGAAUAUGAUGAAAAUUGAGGCCAUAAAAAAUCUGUUGACUUUAUCUCUGGAGAAGUGAAAACCCUCAAAAGUGACAUGAAGAAGGUGGAAGUUAUCUGCCAGGAAAAUGAAAAGAAGGUGGCUGAACUCGAGCAAGAGGUGGAGAGAUACCAGCGCAGGUGGAACCUGAGGCUCCAAGGAAUUCCAGAGCAGGCAGGUGAGGACAUCAAAUGAAGAGUUGUUAACAUCUGUGGAGCUGUCAUUCCCAAAUAAAAAGCCAAACUUCAGGAAAAUGUGGACAUCGUUCAUUGUUUAUGAAGACUCAAGGAUCAAGACAAGAGUCUGAGGACAACCAUCAUCCGGUUCACCAACAGAUUUACACUUGAUCUUCUCUGGAGGCGAGCAAUGAACUGUGAGUUCCUCAUCAAGCAAAAAUGUAGGUUCACGGAGGAUCUGAGCUCUGUGGACAAAGUGACACGGGAGAAACUGUGACCGAUGGUGGCUGCAGCUCAAAAGGCAGGGAAAUUUGUCAGUGCAAAUGUGACCAUCAAUGGGAAAGAAACCCAAAUCAGAACUUUUGGACAGAACUG